GCGCCCACAAUUUAUAUAUUUAUACCGAUUUAGCUGAAGACUUUAGCCAAGUUAUUACAACCAACGGCACAGAAAACACUGGCUUGUGUUUUGUUUAGGGUUUUCCGGCUAUUCGACUGCAUGGAAUAUAUGAGUGCGGCUUUGUCUAUUUGCUGGAGUACGCUAUAAUGGCUGACUAUAGAUGACAGAGAUGCGGCAGAGUGGGAAACUUGUCCGGCUGUCGGGGUCUGCAGUUCAUGACUUUCCAUCGUCUUUUUGGGGUUGCAGGACUCGUUUCUGACGUGGUCUCGACUAAUUACUGGUGCACCCGUUGCUACUUUGAUUAGACGAUCUUGGCUUCUUCUUUUUGCCUCAAAGUUCCGCAGCACCGCUCUGCAUCCCGCUUGUAACUGGAAAUAGAUGCAGCCCGUUUUUCCGGUUGCGGCUGCAUUUUUUACGGGUUAUUUCCGCGGCUUUCCCGGCGUGCAGUGCGGCGGAGCUGCGGCUGUCCGCACCGCGGAGCUGCACGCGGAUGCUAGCGGCUAACCCGUCCUCAGUCCAGGCGAGGCUGCCGGGAGGAGACGGCUGACGCGGGGCUGAGAGCUCUCUGCUUGGUGGAGAGGAGGUUCCGGUGAGGUUGUGGAGCUCCUGGAGUCUGGAGUGCCAGAAGGGAUGGACAGCAAAGGCAGCUCCCUGCCCUCAAUGCCCGAACCAGCCAACCCCAUCAGCAUGAAGCAGCCCCCCGAGUCCUUAAGUGUGCGUAAAGCCCGGGGGGACGUGAGCAGCGACCCGGCUUUGCUAAUGGACAAAGCGGCGGCGCAGCUGGCCGCCACUCUUCAAGACGGGGUCCUCCAGAAGAUGGCCGGCCACGGCCACAACAACCACACCCACGAGAAGCUCAAAGACCUGACUGCCCUGGUGCUCAACGGGGACCAGGACUCUGUGCUGCCCCAGCUCUGCACUCCAGAACCACCCAUGCUUAAGGGGGCCGAAGCUCCCGCCGCCAACGGCCCCCACCAGCACAACUGCACGCCCCACGCUGAACCCGAGCUUACCGUCUCAAUACCGCAGGUGGUCCAGCAGCCGUUGUUUGAGCCGUACGGUGCUAACGGGGCCAGCUUGGUCACAGCCACUGAGGAGACGUUAUCUGGUCCUGAUGGGAGACAUGAUGUGAAGAAGAGGAGAGGAACACCAAACAAACCCAAAGCUCAAGUGAACUGCUCCUCUCUGGAAAACACUAUAGAAGAAGCAGCAGUAGCUCAGCCGGCUCGGAUGUCAGAGCUCAAGCUUCCUGAAGGAGAUGGUCCUCUGCGUACACGCUUCUGUCCCGGAGAUCUGGUUUGGACCAAGGUGCCGGGUUACCCCUGGUGGCCUUGCAUGGUGACCAGUGACCCCGAAUUCAACAGUCACUUUAAGGAGAAACAGAAGGCGGUCACCUGUGAGCUGGACAUCCUUUACCAUGUGCAGUACUUUGGAGAUGCUCCAGAAAGAAGCUACGUCUUUGAGAGGAACAUGGUGUCUUUCAUCGGGGAGCAGCAGUACCCCGAGCUCUGCCAGGGCAUCACAAUCCCGGGCUCAUGUGUCACUCAUAGAAAGACUUCUGUCUCCGUACCCCACAAACUCCAGGCUCAGUGGAACAUGGGCGUCAUUCAGGCCAAGGAGGCUCUCAAUAUGCUGCCAGACAAACGCUUGGAAAACUUUGGGCUUCUUUACAACGAGGACGGCCCUCACCUGAACCCCCACAUUCUGGAAAAGCUGAAGCCAGAAGACUGUGACGGCGUGGCCCUGGACAGCGACGCCGGGCUGGUUUCAGACCUGAAUUCCUCAUCUUCAUCAGAGUCUCUGGUUGAACCAGUCGCUCCGAAGAAGAGGAGGAGACCCCGACAGGCUCAGACCAAGGCAGGCAAAAGGAGGACCAAAUGCGCUGCCAGCAGAACCUGUGAUCUGGUCAAGAAACGAAAACCAAGGCUGCAGUCUUCAGCAGAGGAUGCUUUGGAAACAGGGAGGAGAGAGCGAAAGAAGAGAUCCAGACAGCCACAAUCCGGCGUUGCAGCUGACAGAGAUCAACCGCCUAAAAGGAGCCGCAGCACUUUGAAAGACCCGGACAAACAGGUCUCCAGUUCAGAGGAUCCAAACAAAAAGAGAAGGAAGAAAAGGGACGGAAAAGAAGCCCGGAAACGUGCAAACAAGUCGCAAGCUCGCCUUCAAGACGACCAAAGUUCAGAGAAACCCAAGCGGCGGAGAAAAAGGAAACAGGAUGGAGAGAUGAUGAUGUCCAAAGCAAAGAAGAGGCGGUCUUCCCCCUGUCCUGAUCCUGAGGGCUCUGGGAGUGAGGAGCGUCCCGAUUCUCCCAGCGACAGCUUAGACGGGACGAAGAAGGGAGAGAGGAGGAAGGAGUUUGUGUGUCAGGUGUGUGAGCAGGCAGGUGAGGACCUGGUUCCGUGUGAAGGCCAGUGUUGCGGCAUGUUCCACCUCCACUGCCUGGGCCCGUCCUUCAAGCCUGAAGACAAGCUGCUGUGCCAGCAGUGCAGAGCCGGGAUCCACUCCUGCUUCGCCUGUAAGAAGUCGGAGGGCGAGGUGCGCCGCUGCCACGUCAUACACUGCGGCAAGUUCUACCACGAGGCCUGCAUCCGCCUCAACCCGCUCACGGUGUUCGACCACAAGGGGCUCCGCUGCCCCCUGCAUGCCUGCCUCAGCUGCCACUUUGGCUCUGGCACCAAACACAAGUCUGCCAAAGGUCGGUUGAUGCGCUGCCUUCGCUGCCCAGUGGCGUACCACGUCGGCGACCUGUGUGUGGCAGCAGGCAGCGAGAUGAUCACCAACACGGCUAUCGUCUGCACCAACCACUUCAACGCCAAGAAGGGCUACAGCCACCACAGCCACGUCAACGUCAGCUGGUGCUUCGUCUGCUCCAAAGGAGGACAGCUGCUGUGCUGCGAGUCCUGUCCUGCAGCUUUUCACCCGGACUGCCUGAACAUCGCCAUGCCUGAUGGGAGCUGGUACUGCAACGACUGCAGAGCCGGGAAGAAGCCCAGAUACAGGGACAUCAUAUGGGUCAAGCUGGGAACAUACAGGUGGUGGCCGGCAGAGAUCUACCACCCCAGAAACGUCCCCACCAACAUCCAGCACCUUCGCCAUGAAAUCGGGGAGUUCCCGGUCUUCUUCUUCGGCUCCAGAGAUUACUUCUGGACCCACCAGGGCAGAGUGUUCCCCUACAUGGAGGGCGAUCGGGGCAGCAAGAACCAGAGGACGGGCAUCGGCCGGGUCUUCAAGAACGCUCUGCUGGAGGCCGAGGCUCGGUUUAAGGAGAUGAAGAUGAAACGUGAGGCCAAGGAGGCUCAGGAGAGCAGCCGGAAACCACCGCCGUACAAGUUCAUCAAGGUCAACAGACCCGUCGGCAGAGUUCAGGUCUACACCGCAGACGUUUUUGAGAUCCCCAAGUGCAACUGCAAGCCGUCGGACGAGCGGCCAUGCGGGUUCGAGUCCGAGUGUCUGAACCGCAUGCUGCAGUACGAGUGCCACCCCCAGGUGUGUCCCAGCGGGGAGCGCUGCUGCAACCAGGACUUCACCAAACGCCUCUACCCUGAGACCAAGAUCAUCAAGACGCCUGGCAAGGGCUGGGGGCUGGUCGCCCUGAGGGACAUCAAAAAGGGCGAGUUCGUCAACGAGUACGUCGGAGAGCUGAUCGACGAGGAGGAGUGCAGAGCCAGGAUCAACUACGCUCAUGAAAACAACAUCACCGACUUCUACAUGCUCACCAUCGACAAGGACCGGAUCAUCGACGCGGGUCCAAAAGGGAACUACUCCCGCUUCAUGAACCACAGCUGUCAGCCCAACUGUGAGACGCAGAAGUGGACGGUGAACGGAGACACCCGCGUCGGCCUGUUUGCCGUCUGCGACAUCCCUGCAGGGACAGAACUGACCUUCAACUACAACCUGGACUGCCUCGGGAACGAGAAAACCAUCUGUCGCUGCGGCGCUCCCAACUGCAGCGGCUUUCUGGGGGAUCGACCCAAGAACUCAAACGGACACGCAGCAGAACCCAAAGGAAAGAGGCUGAAGAGGAAGUACAAGAAGAGGAAAAGUGAGGGAAAGAAGUCCGAGGACGAGUGUUUCCGCUGCGGAGACGGAGGCCAGCUGGUGCUCUGCGGCAAGAAGACCUGCACCAAGGCCUACCACCUGUCCUGCCUCAACCUCACCAAGAGGCCCUUCGGCCGCUGGGACUGCCCCUGGCACCACUGUGACGUCUGCGGGAAGAACUCCGAGGCCUUCUGCCAGCUCUGCCCCAACUCCUUCUGCAAGGCUCACCGGGAGGGGGGGCUGCGGCCCCGGCCCCCCAACGGCGAGCUGUGCUGUUUGGAGCACGACGACCUGGAGGGAGCAAACGGCCAGGCGCACGCCUCGGGCCAAACGGGCAGCGCCGCCGCGCCCGCUCCGGUCAGCCGCUCCAGGAAGAGGCAAAGGGCCGGCAGCAGGACCAAGAGCUCCAAACGGAAGGCAGCGGAAGCCUGAAGUGCCCUUUCUGUCCAAGAGCCAGAAGAACAAAGCAGACCCACCACUGUUCUCCAGACCGUCAUCAGGGAAACGUCUUCUCCACGUCUUCAGGUGCUCCGACCAGCUGUGGAGCUGCAGCCGCUGGACGCUCACGGCUCCGUUUUUACCCCACGACAUCCUCAGCCUCUCAUCACGGUUUUAUCGCUCCAGCUGUGGACGGCAAACACACAAACAGGGUUCUGGUUGAGUGUGAGGCGUCAAAAGGUUGCCAAAUGAAAGUUUUUUUCUUGAUUUUUUUUUUAUGUAUAGUUGAACUGUGUUGCAGAUGUCAACAUGAAGACACUAUGGAUAGGCUUCAGAGGAUCUCUGUACGUUUUUGUAGCCUUAGAUCAUGUGUAAGUGUACGGCGUCUUAGCGCCGCUGUAGGUUAGGGUUAGCUUAGAGCUGUUGGUCUGGCAUAACCCUGACCCUGCGGGUGUCGGUCCGUAACCUUUCUGAGGAGGUCACAGCGUGACCUGCAGCAGCUGACUGCUGCUGACCUGCUCCGUUUCUUAUGUCUAGGCUCUUUUUUCCUUCAGCACCAUGAAUAAAGUUGCACCCUUUGAUGAGUAGUGUUGUUAAAGUAUGUUCAGGAAACAAGCAGCAGAGCAUUAAAAACAGGAAGUCCCGCCCAUCAUCCUCCACCCAUACACCUGUCAGACACGUCGGUGCUGCUGCCCCCACUCCUCUGAGGGCUGCAGAUCUGUCCACACCUGCAGCACACCUGACUCUUCAUCCUAACCUCCAGUGAAUGUAGUGCAGCCAGUCGUUUUUGUAAGCACUGUAAUUCCCUGUAGUGUGUGUAGAUUCAUUUGUAACUACUGUCAUAGCAGACCAGAGACUAAUAUGUACAUAAUGUAUAAGUGCUAAUAGUGAUGCAUCUAUUGUAAAUAUGGUUCAGGUUUCAUGCAGUCCUGAAACACUUUCUGCAGGAUCUCACUUCAGAUGAAUCGAGCAAUAAAGUGCAGGAAACCUUCA